AUGGAUGAGUCUAUCACGCAGGCAACGAAACGAACCCCGACCUUGAGAACAGGGCGCUUGUCAGCUACAGAAAAAUCAGACCGAUCAGUUGUCCAUGCAGAAGCUUUAGCAACGGCAGCACAUCAGAGUGAUCACGUCACAUUUGACAGCAAUGAGCUUGAUUCGAUAGCUAAUUAUACCCCAGCACAAGAAUAUGUAACAGUAGACAUACAAGAGGGUACUCUGAGAGGGCAGAUGUCACAAACGUACACGAACAGAUCCAUGUUUAAGUUUGAAGGUAUUCCGUAUGCGGAACCGCCAGUUGACGAUCUCCGUUUCCAGCCGCCAGUGAGAAAAGCAGCGUGGUCCGGCGUUAGAGAUGCUCUGCACACGGGAGACCACUGUCCCCAGUACAGCAAGGGAAAAACGUCCGGGGAGGAGGACUGCCUCUACCUGAACGUUUACGGACCAGGGACGCCAUCGCAGAAUGGAACACAGAAAGCUGUUAUUGUCUGGAUCCAUGGUGGAUGUUUCACAGGAGGAGCUGGAACGGCCGGGAUACCGGAGUACUUCGUGGACAAUGAUGUCAUAUUCGUCAGCAUAAAUUAUCGCCUGGGAAUUCUCGGGUUCUUAAGCACUAGCGAUGAAGUCGUCCCCGGAAACAUGGGUCUGAAGGAUCAGUUGGAGACCCUCCACUGGGUGCAGAGGAAUAUAGCAGCGUUUGGUGGUGAUCCAGAGAAAGUAACCAUUCUGGGUCAAAGUGCUGGAGGGGCAUCCAUUCAUUACCACCUCCUGUCUCCACAAAGCAAAGGACUCUACAAGAACGCCAUAGCAAUGAGUGGAUCAGCAUUAAACCCUUGGGCGUUCUCUAGAAAUGCAACAGACAGAGCAAUCCGGUUUGCCAAGCACUGGGGAUACACAGGAGGAAGUACCACCGAUCUUGUGAAUUUUCUGAAAACUGCGAAUGCAAGUACACUAGUUUUGGACAGAAAUGUUGCCUUAUCGGAAGAGUUCGAUACACACGAAUGCUUCGUGGAAGGCGUGGACGCAGUUGUACAGAGAAUGGCUCGCUAUUCCUCUUACCCGGUGUUCUAUUACCAGUUCACAUUCGUCGGCCCUCUCAGCGUAUUCCCUGGAGGACCAGGUUCUGGAGAACCCCCACUUUUCUAA